AUGAGUUUCCGUAUCUGGGCGUUGAUCAUUCUGGCCAUUCUUGCUGGUGGAGCAAUGUUUGCAGUGAUUUUUUUGGAUCGAAUGGGUGAGCGAGAAAUGAAUGGGAUCAUCACGAAUUCAACAGAGGCAUUCAAUUCGACUGAUCUCGACAAAGAUCUAUGCUCUGAUUCGGAAAAUAUUGUCGAGUUCUCAAACGAUUCAUGGAAGUGCACAAAUGAUUCACGUUGUCAAGAGGACACUUGUGCUCAUCCAAAGAACACGAAUUCAAGUCACACUUUGAAUUGUUCAAUGGAUGAAAUAAUGGAUAAAAUUCGAUUCACUUGGAUAUCGGAGAUGAUCAAAUUCGUACUCGGAUGUCUUUUGGUGGCGCUGGUGGCAGCGGAUACUUAUUGUAACUAUGACCUCGUUGGAGAUGAGAUCUUGGUCGAAGCAGUACCCAUCGGAGACUAUCAGACAUCCGGAAAUGAUGCGGCGAGUACAUUGACGACAUUGACGACUUCAAGUUGGCGAGGGAGCCAACUUGAAGCAAGACACCAAUUUUUGCUACAAAAGCGCUUUCAAGCAAAUCGGCAACGAUUACUAUUUCUU